AUGACAUUUUUCUUGUGGUCAGUGCUGGCGCCGAUAUCCCAGUACUCAUUCAUUCAUUCAUUCAGUUCGUGGAAAAAUGCCUUAAGUUAUUGGAAGGACCGACAGAUUUCUGGUCCAAAACCCAUACCUAUAUUCGGAAAUGUUUUGAGUCCUGUCCUAAAAGCGCGACCAUAUGUGGAGAUGGAGUGGUAUAAGAAAUAUGGCAAACUGUUUGGUGUGUUCAAUAUGGGUAAGCCUUGCCUAACAGUGGCCGACCCGGAGCUCAUCAAACAAAUUCUGGUCAAAGAUUUUCAUUCAUUUCGUAACCGACGGACACCUCCCGGAGGUAAUAGAGUGACCGCAAAGAGUAUGCUUAGUGCGAGGGAUGACGACUGGAAACGAGUCCGGGCUAUAGCCAGCCCUACCUUCACGUCCGGAAAGAUGCGGAAAAUGUAUGCUCUGAUCAAUCAUUGCUGCGAAGACUUCAUCGAUAGCCUGGAUAAGGAUGUGUCGAAUGGUAUGAAUGAAGUCGAGUUGAAGCAACUGAUGGGCGCCUACACUAUGGAUGUGAUCGCCAGCUGUGCCUUCGCCACCAAAACCAAUACAUACGCCGAUCCUAACAACCCGUUCACUACUAAAGCCAAUAAUUUGUUUACUGCUCCCAUUUGGAAAGGGAUGUUACAAUUGCUUUUGCCUUCAUUUAUAGUAAACUCUGAUAUAUACCGCCGAACUUUAAAUGCUUCUGACAGCGACUUCUUUGUAGACUUCUCCAGAAGUUUAAUACAGAAACGAAAGAAAAACAAUGAAAAACAUAACGAUUUUCUGCAGUUAUUAAUGGAUGUCGAGAGAAGUGAUGGCGAUAUCCGAGAGGCCAGUGAUGCCAAUGAAGCACAUCAU